AUGUCGGACUCUCACCAGCAAUCGAACUCCCAACAAGGUUCCGAUUCUCGUCCUCCGCCGCAGAGUCAACCACCACAGCCGCACAGGACCCCACCGCCAUCCCAACCACCUCAGUCUCACCGUCCGCCACGGUAUCGUUCUCACGAGCAGACAAAAAUCGAUAGGCUAUACACACCGCAACUCAAGUUUACAAACUUUUCCGCGCAAGCGCCGAUAGUAACAAAAUAUUCAGAGCAAGAAGGAUCAAAGGUUAUAGUGAUCCAUCCCGGAUCAAAGUAUCUUAGAAUCGGGUAUGCUUCUGAAGCUUUCCCUUAUGUGGUUCCUCAUGUGAUCGCGCGGAAGAUGAGAAUCGAGAAUCAAGUGGAAAAAGACAAAAUGAACGUCGAUAACAAUGAGGAAGUGAAGGAAAAAAAUGAAGAUGGGAAAGACCCGCAAGAGAAGGAAAUCAAGGAUUUAACGGACGAGAAUAUUGCUCCAAAAUCGGAAUCACCAGAGGAUUGGUCAGGAGGCUCUGCGACCGAAGAAGUAGAGGAGGAAGAUGAGGAACAAUUUAAAAACGUGGUGAACGAGAUAAAGAAAGAGUUGAAGGAGAGGAUGAAGAAUGCAAAACGUCGACCGGUGGCAAAUGCGCAAACGCAAGUUUUGUCGUUUAACAAGGCGUCUCGCCCGGAAAUAAUUGCCGAUCAUAAUGAUCCUUAUAAGGUUGACUGGACGAUGAUCGAAGAGGAUGCUGAAUACUAUGUUGGAGAAAAGGUAAAUGUCAUCAAUAACAUCACCACCUUUUCAGAAAGCACCUUCAAAUUAUUCUAUCCAAUACAACACGGUGAGUUUAACACCAGGGAUUACAAUUCCAUAAAAGCGGUAGUCGGAGAUUUAGAAACUAUUUGGACCGAGACGAUUCAAGAAAAACUUGAAAUACCAUUGAAGAAUUUUAAGGCAUACUCCGUUAUUCUUGUUAUACCCGACAUAUACAAUCGCCUCUACGUGACAGAAAUGAUAACGAUGUUGCUCCGAUAUUUGGAAUUUCAACGUGUCUUCGUAGCACAAGAGUCGGUCUGCGUUAGCUUCGGUGCCGGCAUAUCAGUUGCAUGUACUGUGGACGUCGGAGCUCAAACAACCACCAUCACCUGUGUGGAGGACGGGAUGUGCAUUCCGGAUUCGAGGAUAUGCCUCCAUUACGGCGGCGAUGACAUAACAUCAUUUUUCAUAAGACUACUGCGAAAGAGUAAAUUCCCGUAUGUUGAGAUGGACUUGAAUCGCAUGUACGACUGGAUGCUCGCGGAAGAGAUGAAGGAGAAAUUUUGCACGUUAGACGAGGUAAAUCUGGCGAUACAGUUAAAUGAGUUCUACGUGAGAGCCCCCAAUAAGCCAACACUCAAGUAUCAAAUUAGAACCUAUGAUGACUCCAUUAUAGCACCUAUGUGCCUCUUCUACCCUCACCUAAUCAAUUUCCACAAGAAAAUGAUGGAAUUUCCCCCCAAAUUUGCGUCAUACGUGGUGGACGACAUAACCGAAGGCAUGGUGGCAUCCACUGGAGGGCCACCAACAGGAAUUGUGGUGCAAAAACCGAAAUUGUCAGUCACCACUCAAGUGUCACAAGCCAAACCAUCUUUCCCGUCACCUUCACCCCAACAACGCGAUAGUCCCGGCCCGACGACACCUCUGAGAAUUGAAAAUUCGGCUGCACCCAACAACAGAUCUUCCCCUCCGUCCGCUGUUACCUCGUCGUUGACGCGCAUUCAUAAUGCCUUCCUUAUAGACCCGAUAUCAACCCUCCCGCUCGACGAUGCCAUAAUCCAGAGUAUCAAUUCAGCAGCCACCGAAGAGAGGGCAAAAAAAUUUUACGCCAGUAUACUCAUGGUCGGCGGUGGUGGACUCAUCCCGGGAAUUCACAAGAUGUUGGAGGACCGCUUGUCCCAACGAUCCAUACAAGUCACGGACAAAUUUGAAGUGCUCGGGUCACCGCGGGAUUUGGACCCAAGAUUAUUGGCCUGGAAAGGUGGAUCGGUGAUGAGCAAGUUGGAAAUCGUUAAUGAAUUGUGGAUAAACUCUAAUGAAUGGGAGGAGUUGGGGGUGAGAUGUCUAAGGGAAAAAGCUUUAUUUGUUUGGUAG